AUGGUCGCCUUCGACACGCCGGAUCUCGAGGGGCGGUUACACGACGCCGGCUCCUGGCACGACUGGAGCGAUUUGCGGAGCCUGUGCAUCGUUCUUUUUUCUCAACGUCCAGACGACACUGUGUACCCGGCCGUCGGCGCUGCGUAUGACGGGGUGCUGCGCGACUUUUUCGGCAGGUUUUCCAGCCUCUCCGAGCUAAACGUCAGUUCGUUUCACUUCGGCGACGGCAUAGACUUCACGGAGCUGCUGUCCACUCCCGCUCUGCAGCGUCUGCGUGCGUUGUGCUUGCCGCCCUGCGGCAUGCGGCAGAGCGGCGCGGUGCGCCGGCUUGCCAUCAGCAUUAGCGAUAUCGAGGACCUGGACAUCCGCCUUAACGUGGGCGGUCGCCACCAGAGCUGCCAUUCCUGCAACCAGCAGCUAGUCAUCGAAACUGCGGACACGAGCGUGUUUAGCGUCAGCACGGGGCAAGGCCGUCUUACUUUCUGCAACGUGCCGAACCUGGCUUCUUUGAGCUUCCUCGGCAGCUGUCAGGUGCCCCACCUGCGGUUCAUCGACAUCGAUGACAAUCCGUGCUUCGAUUACAAUUCACUCGCAAAAGCCAUAUGCACCAACCUUAACGACUCCCUACGGUCCCUCGUAGUCAAGAUUGGAAGCCUCAAUUUCUUACACCCUAGUUUCACGAGCUCCCUGUGCGGCGCGGUAUUUCUGGAGCGCCUGUGCCUACUGUCCAACACGCGGUUGCAGUCGCAGGUUGCCGAGAGCGUCAUCAAAUCGCUGGCCGUCAAGCUAGGGUCGAUCUCCUACCUUCACAUGCACUACGUGGACGAAGCCGGCAGAGAGGCACGCCUGACGUGGAUUCGCUUGCUCGACGGCAUCGCUGGACAGUCUCAUCGAGGAGAAGUUAUGGCUGGGAAACCCUGCAUCAUGUGCUCCACCCAGACGUUCAUCGCACUCGCAAAACCGCGUCGCCGGGAACUGUAGACCAAGCAACGGACUAUAGAGGCGUCACACGUGGCCACAGGACUGGCGGCUCAGUCCUGGCGGGAUUUGGUUCCGCCCCGCCAAGUGACGGCAGGCAUCGAACUGAAACAUCGAUUGUGUCUGGUGAUAUAAGUGUUGCAAGGGAAUCGACGGUCCGCUAGUGACGUCACACCGUACUAACUUGAAGGCCGGUUGGUGUCUGGGAGGCGCCGCGUGACGAUAGUAGCAGGGCCUGCGCUAUAGCUGCUUCGCUCUCUUCGGGGCAUUCAGUGGGCGGUCGCUGUUUGUUUUACUAGUUCUGCAGAACAUUCCGCCUGUACACGCGUCCCUCAAGUAAUCGCCUCUACUAAGGAAUGCUGUCCUAGCUCAAAUCCGCUCAAAUUCUUGGUGAAGAUUCACCACUUCUUAACUCCAAAAGGUUCCUCAUUUUAUGGCUAAUAAAUGUUACUAC